CUGUGGCCAAAGAUCACGUGAGCGAGCACAUGGUCUUUCUUAGUGCAUUUUCGUGGGUAAAGAAGGUAGAUCAAGAAGAUGGGUCGUAUGCACGCUCCUGGAUGCCGGGGCAUCUCACAGAGUGCUCUACCUUACAGAAGAACUGUACCGACUUGGCUCAAGACCUCAUCAGAUGAAGUAAAAGAUCAGAUCUACAAGCUAGCCAAAAAAGGCUUGGGUCCCUCUCAGAUCGGUGUUAUCCUUCGUGACUCUCAUGGCGUGGCCCAGGUCCGUUACGUUACUGGCAACAAGAUUUUAAGGAUCCUAAAAGCAAAGGGUUUGUCUCCAUCACUGCCCGAGGACCUGUACUAUCUCAUUAAAAAAGCUGUGGCUAUUCGCAAGCAUCUAGAGAAACAGAGGAAGGACAAAGACGCCAAGUUUCGCUUGAUUCUUGUUGAGAGUCGAGUGCACAGAUUGGCCAGAUAUUACAAGAGAAAGAGAAUGCUCCCUCCCAACUGGAAAUAUGAAUCAUCAACGGCUUCUGCACUUGUAGCUUAGUUGAACAUUUAGCAGAACUUUGAAGUGACAUGACGUACGUGUGUUUUGUGGAUAUUGCCAUUAUAAGAGGAUCAUGUGUAAAACUAUAUAA